AUGGCCCAUAGAGACCAGAUCGCAGCUCAUAUCCAAGGCAGCAAGUCCCUCACCGUCUCAUCAGACUGGUUGGAUUCCUUCCUCGCCUCAUCCGGCCCCAGCAAUCGCAACAUCCCCAUCUCAGCUCUGACCCAGACAGCGCUCUUCCGCGUCCUAGCCUCGGAUUUCCGCAACUCACUCAGCAAAACACCAACAUCCCUCCUCCCAGUGGAUAUCUCCGACCCAAACGUGCAAGAACGGCGUCUCCAGGGUUCUAUCCCCGUGCAAGUGCUCGACAUCGAGGACAUCGGCACAAGCCUGUGGAGCCAAAUCGAAGCAAUCGAACGCGUUGAGCGCGGCGAGGCGAUCCGCGGCCGCGAGAUCGUGCGCACGAUAGCCGCGCUUGAGGACAGCGAGACCACAGGAACAGGGAAUACUCACACGAGCAAUAAUGCUAUGAGCGGCAAUGCCAACGCGUCUGGGAGCUCGGGUUUUGGUCCCCAUCGGCUGAUUGUGCAGGAUGCCGCUGGGACAAUGGCUGUCGGGAUCGAGAUGCAGCGCAUUGAAGGUGUCUCUAUUGAGAAGCUUCCUAUCGGGGCGAAACUUAUGCUUCGCAAUGCUACUGUGGCUCGAGGUAUGGUGCUGCUAGCUCCUGAGAGCGCGAUUAUGCUCGGGGGCAAGAUUGAGAGUCUCGAUCGGUCGUGGAGGGAGGGCCGGAAGGCGAGAUUGCUGCAGAGGGUUGCAGAGAUCGGAGAAGAGAACCAGGUGCAGCCGAAUGGGACAAAUGGGAAUACUGGUGCCAGAAGACGGUGA